AUGUUAGUUGCGCGGCUGUUUCUGGAUGCUUACGAGCGCCGGACCACCACACCUGCCAUUCUUCGCUCUAUGUUCGACAAGGCGCGUCUGCUCUAUGUUCUCGGAUGGGAAACAGACCAGCUUACAUCCUUGCAAUCUUUGCUUUUAAUGAGUUAUUACCCCCGUCAAGUCGAUGAACCUAAGGGCCAAAUCUACCUGAUCUCCCAAGCCAUCUCCUUGGCUUACGCCCUUGGACUACAUCGAGACCCUGUGAGCAUUUCUAGCUCUCCACGUGCAAUAAGUCUGCGUAAGCAUCUAUGGUGGAGCAUCUACAUCCGCGAGCGCAUUUUGACCCUUGACCAUGGCUCACCAUGGAUUAUCGACGAUCGUGACCAUGACGUUCCUAUGUUAUCGCUGGAUGACUUUACUGAGUUUCCCUUGUCACCAUCUCACAAGCAAACAAGGUGGUCCAGUCCGCAAGAUGAGGCAACUAAACAGCGCCAACAGGCUCAAAUCCUUAUCGAGAAGGCAAAGUUGACCGUCAUUCUCGGCCGUCUCAUCCCAAUAUCGACAGGCCCUAUCACCUCUGAUGCACCAUUUAUCAAGAACGGUUGGCCGCGGGCGCAACGUUGCGCGAAGGGUGUGGAGGGACUUGACAAGAUCAGCCGUGAUUUGGACCGCUGGGUAGCCGACAUGCCCCUCGAGCUUACCUGUAUGCGCGACAGCCAUACGCAGGCAAAGGAAAAUGGCGGUAAGACUGUGCUCCAGAAUUACGCUACGGUGUUGCUGCUAUAUUAUGUUGCACGCAAUCAACUGGCUGCCUUGCACUGGCUGCAGGUGGCCUCGCCCUCUGGUGAUGCCCCGGAGAAUGCGACCAAGAGCCUAUGGUCAGCCACGCGACCAAUCAUUAGCCAAUUCGAAAGCCUUCAGGAAAACCAGAUGUUAAGUUUUGUGCAACUCAGUGGGCCAUCCAUUAUCCGUCCUCUUCUAUUAUGUGUCCUACUCAACCACCACACGCCAUUUUGGUUGAACCCUUUCCUUGAUACCGAGCAUAUCCCCUUGCUGUUCAGUAAGAUUGGGGACAACGACUCUUACUUUGCGCGUGGCGCCUCCUACCUACAAUUCGGCACCGACCAGUCUCCCAACUCAGCACCUACCGACACGCCAAUUACAGCAUGCACACAACCUCAGACAGGCUCAAUGGCUCAUAACGUCUUCGAUGAUAUAUUGGACAACUUUCCUACGGACCUUGAGGAAUUGCCGGUCGGUAUUGCUCUAUCCGAUUUAUUGAUCGACUCUAUGCAGGGCUCCGAAAAGGCAACAUGUGAAUAUCUCCAAUAA